GAAUUCCUGUGUUGGACCCCCUAUUGAGGAGCCUACAUAUCUCUUGUCUCAAAGAACAUGAAGAUUUUCUAUUGGAGGAACUGGAGCCUCUUGAACUCUGUGACCUUUUGUUUGAGGAGAGCGCAAUAGACAUUCCUGAUCAUGACAGAAUUACAGAGACAAACAAAAUUUCUAAGCAAAUCCAACGCUUCUUGGAAACAGUAAAGAAAAAUGAAAAUAACUGCUUUCAUUUUUUGUUGUUUAUUCUGGGAAAAAAUGGAUAUAGAGAAAUUCUUGAGGAGCUUGUCAAAGCUGACUCAGGACCUAAAGGAGCUGAAACAGAUGCAGAGUUUGAAUGGAGAGUAUCACACAAAUUCAACAACACAGUAUCUUCAGAAAGUGUCCAGAAUAGAUCCAUAAAUGUAAAGCUAACAGUGGAAGGUUCCAAAGGAAGGCAGGUUGAACAAGCACUUCAUCAGCAGGUACUCUCCACAGACACUGGGAUUAUUGAGGAGGCUGCUACGUAUGGACAAAUGACUAUUGAAGAUGUCUCUACUGGUUCUGUAGUCAUUCAGUUAAGGCCGAUCACUGACCAAGCUGUACGGACAUUACUCAAUGCCAGAGAAAACAACAGGCUGGUGGAGUUUAUACUAGGGAUGAUAAAGAGGGUAAAUAUACCUACUGUUCAGGGAACAGAGCCUCUGGAGAUCAGGGUACAGGUUUCUUAUUCACACCCACCAGCAGCUAAGCCAGAUAUUCCUAAGGCAGAACUAACCAAGCAGAGAGUGAAAGUUUAUAGGAAUGAACUUGUCUCCGAGUUAGAACCUGGAGCUCUGAUUUCUUUGUUAUCAAAAUCAGAAUGCUCUGCACGGAGCGCAAUGGAUUCGAUCAGAAGUGCUCCCACUUCUAGUGAACGUACAGAAAAACUUCUAUCAUUGAUUGAGAAUGGGGAUUUAAAGACAGUAGAGGCUUUUAUUACUGCUCUAAAGGACGUAGGAUAUCGUGAGAUUUUGGAAUUAAUUGAUCCCAUAGAUAUCCAUAGUAAAGCUGGUAAGUGA